CCAGUUUCCAUUACACGUGCCCCAAGGAAAACGACGGAGUUACCGGCCCGCCAAGACCCUGUCGAUCCAUCGCUCAGACACGCGACUUGAGAACACGAGACGAAACCACAUGGCAGCCGCUGCCCUCCCACACCGGUGAACAAUGAAGCUACGAAUAGCCUCUGCAUGGCACACAUUCGCCGUCUUGCUUCUGCUGGGCGGAGCUGCCCAGGCUUCUCUCGGUGACAGACUGCCCGAUUUCAAGGACUGUGUUCAGGUGUGUAAAGAAGCCAAUUGCGGUCCAGAUGGCACGUCAAUACCCUUCCACCGCCGCCUGCUCCUCUGGGACUGUCCCUCCGAAUGUGACUACACGUGCCAACACAUCAUAACCACCCAACGUCUCGCGCGCGACCCUCCGUACAUGCAGCCCAUCUACCAAUUCCACGGCAAAUGGCCCUUCUACCGCUUCAUGGGCAUGCAAGAACCUUUUAGCGUCAUCUUCUCCCUCUUCAACUACCUCGCGCACGACUGGGGUAUGUCGCAGCUCCGCGACAAGAUACCCGCGUCGUACCCUCUGCGGAAAUACUACCUGUGGUUUGGAUACGUGGGCCUGGCGAGCUGGACAUUCAGCAUGAUAUUCCAUACCAGAGACUUUGGGGUCACGGAGAAGUUGGACUAUUUCGCUGCGGGCGCGAACGUGCUGUAUGGGUUGUACUAUGCGCCCAUCAGAGUGUUCAGGCUCGACAGGAAGGAGCCGAGGAAACAGAGCUUGCUGAGGCUCUGGACAGGACUCUGCAUUACGCUGUAUACGCUGCAUGUCUUGUACCUCUCGCUCUGGUCCUGGGAUUACACAUACAACAUGGCUGCCAAUGUCGCUGUUGGCAUUGUGUCAAACCUGCUCUGGAGUGGCUUCAGUUACGUUCAGUAUCAGAAGAUUGGGAGGACUUGGGCUGUGUGGCCUGGUCUGUGUGUGGCCUGGAUCAUCUUGGCUAUGAGCUUGGAGCUGUUGGAUUUCCCGCCUUGGAUGGGCAUGAUUGAUGCGCACAGCCUGUGGCAUCUGGGCACGGUUUUGCCGACCGUUUUGUGGUACAACUUCCUUAUCAGAGACGCUCAGGAAGAUAUUGCAGGUACGCGGCUCAAGGAUUGAUGGACGCGCUCGCUCUCCGACGAGGCUACUGCCAUCCGCCCGCUGUAAAUGGCUCCGUCGCUUACCAUACUCGUUUCCAGGAAAACUGCCUACUGCUGGUUAUAACGCUGGUGCUUGGAAAGACAAGAGCUAGUUCUGGACAGUCGCGUUAUAAACAUAAUGUGUUACGUUUGCAUCGAGGGUGUUCAGACAGGCUGCAAGAAUACAAAUCCUGUGUUCUUCUGUGGGCUCAUGUUCCGAUGUAUAUCAAUGAUGGCAGCGACGUUGCAC